UCCUCGCAAUACCUGGCUGGCUACUCCUCUCUGUCGACGUCUUUCCCCCGCUUCCAUGAUUCCAUGACUACCUCUUGUCCUCGUUGUCUUACGGCCCUGGUGGUACAUUGACCCCCUCUCCACCAGGCGACUUUCCUGAUCAUUAGUCCACCUCGGGACGUCCUCCUGUCCGAUCCCCGGUCCUUUCGCUCUCAUGCAGGCUUCACCGAGCCCCUCUGAGCCAGGCGGGGGAUAUGGGUCGCGAAGAGGCCAUGUGCCUCAAUUGUCAAUCAGUGACCCGAGUCACCAUGUCACCGAGGCGAUUGGCCAUAUGUACGAUGACGACUACGACAAGCGGGAUUCCCGACGCCUCAGCUUCAUAUCCUCCCCGUUGAGCGAAUCGAUCACCAUCAUCCCCUCGAACCUCGCCGGCUGCGAAGCCCCUACCUCCCCACAGUCUGUACAAAUCCAGAACCACCUCAGUGAGCUCAAUCACCGACCUACCAACGGGCAGUCAUGGUCGCACGGAGCCAGGUCUGUUGAAAGCAGCCCGACGUCCCCCGUGUCGACCACCUCGCCCGGAUCUACCGAUACAGCUACCACCUCAUUCCCCUUGAACGAUAUCGACUACGAAUCCGACCCUGCCGCCGUAGCACAAGAACUGAGUAACUUGGCCGCCAUUAGGCGGAUGUCCAUGGAUGUUGCUGCUACUGGAGACCCCGAUCUGCCGAGCUUCUCUGUCCCCUCCAUCGCACCCUCUCCCUCCGCAGAUGAAAAUGACGCUUCACGACUGUUUUGGGUUCCGGCUCGGUUACACCCGGAACUUGCCCCCAAGGAGUUCAAAUCCUUUCUCGAGAGCAAGACGGACCAGAUUAAGCGCAAAUCUGGUGAUUACUCCGCCCUAGGUCCGGAACGCGAAGGAUCGAUUGGGAGCCUAAGGCGAAAGAAGUCCAUGCUAUCCAGGCAAAUUGACACAUCACAGGGUUAUACGGAUGGUGCGGAGCGGCUCGAGCGCAAACGGUCACAAUCACAACGUGAAUCUCCAGCUUCCCCGGGCCCGAAUCUACAUGAGUUAGAGACGAUAGUCGACGAUGUCAAGCCCCGAGCAACUAGCGCAUCAUCCAUUCUCAAUGGCAUUCAGCAGCUUGGAAUCUCCGCCGAUGAUGAUAGACCGAUCCUCCCCCCUGCACCGCCGGGUCACAGUCUAAGACGUUCGACACGAACCCAGUAUAGGAAGGCUGGAAGUCUGAAGAAGGGCGAAAAGGCACCGUAUUCCAAGCGCAUGGCGAAGGGUUCUGAUCCAAGUGAACCGCUUCCAUCGUCCGGCGGCCAAACGAAUCUCACGCGGGUGUCAACUGAUCCUACCCCCAGUGUAACACGAGCUCAAGCCUUGGCUAAGUCGGGACAGGGCGCACCGCAGGCCCCUAGCACGACAGCCAGCUCCACUAGCAACUCAGCCGUAGAUCAGUCACAGUCAGCGACUGAUCGUCCCUUGGAUCCAGCCUCAUCGGAUACUUCGAACAGGGCAGGUGCACCUGCACACUCGCGUCAAUGGCACUCGCGCAUCAGUUCCAACGGACGGUCAACUUUGAACGUUCCACCUCCAGAGCAGCAAAUCCCAGAGAUCGUGGAGACGCCACCUCCCGAAACUACUGUUACGCCUCCUGCUCCGACUCCCCAACCGGUCAUUCCACCGAAAGCACCCGUAAUCCAGGAUAAAACGCAGGAACGCAGCUCGAGCAAACGAUCAGCACACAGUCGGACGCAUGCGAAAGACACCACACCCACACUCAAUGAAUUUGCCAAUUCUCCACCAGCUCUUCCUGGCAAUAGCAAUCGGACCGACAACCUUUCAUAUAUCCCAACAUUUUCGGAUGAUCGUAAAUCGGACACCAAAGACUCCAAGGAAUCAAAGAAGUCGAAGGACAAGAAGGAUUCGGAAGGUGGCCGCAAGUCGAGCUGGCACUGGCUGCUGGGUACCGACGACAAGGAUAAGGACAAGGAAAAGAAAAAGGAGAAGGAUAGUGAUUCCAAGAAGCUCAAGGCGAAGUUGGUGGACAAGGUACACGAAACGACACACUCCGCACCAUCAUCGAAUGACACUGCUAGCCAGCGAGGGCGCGAAAGCCUUGUGCUGGAUCGGCUGGACCCGAAGCUGGAGGAUGAGCGCCGAAAAGACAACGGACGACGGACAUCUGGGGAAGCAAAGAAAGACAAAGAGUCAGGGUUAUUCUCCUCCAUCUUCGGGGGUGGUCGAAAGAAAAGCGGUGGCGACAGCGGCCAUCACCAUAAGAAGAGCGCAUCCCGGAACCUGUCGCCCGACCCGCCAGUCCGGGAGCUUCGUCCGGACGUUGACUAUGCUUGGACUCGAUUUUCGAUUUUGGAAGAAAGAGCCAUUUACCGGAUGGCUCACAUAAAACUUGCGAAUCCUCGACGUGCGCUGUACUCGCAGGUCCUGCUCAGUAACUUCAUGUACUCCUACUUGGCCAAAGUCCAGCAAAUGCAUCCGCAUAUGAUGUUGGCCACGUCAGCGGCGCAGAGGCAGCAGAGGCAGCAGGAAGAGUAUCAGCAAUACCAGAGAUAUCAGGAGUCUCAGGAGCAACAACAAUAUGCCGAUAGUUCCUACGACGAUCCUCAAAUGUACGAAUAUAACGAUGAUCAACAGGACCCCUACCAUUCCCAAUCGCAUGGUAGCAAAGGUGGCUAUGAGAACGGGAAUGCAUAUGGCCCGGGACACUAUCAGUAUGAUCAUUCAUCGUUUGGCGAUGAUGUCCAGCUUGAUGACGACGACGAUGACAUGUGGUGAAGGGGAAGAAAAUGAGGGACCCUUCUCUUGCCGUUGGUUUCAUUGCAGCGCACUAAAUACCCCUGCUUUGCCAAGUCCGGUCAGUUCUCGAACUAUGUACACUGAUAUUAGCCUUUCCUUCUUGCGUCACCCUUCCAUUCUCU